AUGGUACACCGAAACCACCCACUGACGUCACUUCCAUCGCCCUACUCGCCACACUAAUCUGACUAAAGCCCGCCCAAAGCAACGGGCGCGUAAUUCAGACGUCAGUCCUGGAGCUCUCUCAUUGGGUGUAGAGAACCGUGGAGGGACGUAGAGAGGGGUGUUGAGUUGUUCACCACAUUUUGGUGUAGUGUCCGUUCUCUGUGUGUGGCGGCGACUCUAUGAAAUGAAGACUGAGGAACAAAACCUGAACAUGUCAUUUAUUGACACCACCAUCAGGAUGAGGAAACAGGCGAGCACAAGAAAGUAUGUGCUGGCCAGCGGCCUCCUCAAUGUGUCUCUGGCUGGGAUUAUUUACUCUGAGAUGACUGGUAAGACUAUUGGAACAUAUUUUAACAUUCCAGACUGGCCGUUUUGGUAUUUUGAACUAGCACUCGCCUUACUGUUUAGUGUCAAUGCAUUAUUUGAGUUUUGGAGGUACUUCAAAUACACAGUGACAUCUUCAGGCAUUGCAUUAAGCCCCUCCCAGCAGAAGCUUUUGGGUGUACCAAAGUCAGUUGUGCAAUCCAGCCCACCAAAGGAACUUGCAAAAAAUACAGUGCCAACAUCAUCACUUUACUCAGGCAUGCAAGGACAAAGUGUACUGAGCUACAGCCCUUCACGGUCACCCAGCACAAGUCCUAAGUUCUCUUCCAGUUUCAUCAGUGGUUAUAGUCCUCCAAUACAAAAUGCUCUGUCAAGUAGCAGUAACUCUUUUACUUCAGCUGUGCCAUACUCGCCUAAUAGCAGUUAUUCAAAGAUGCAGAGUUAUAGUCCUCCCUUGGCAUCACCACAGUAUCUUAGUACUCUUGGGCCGGUGGAAAGCAGCAGCUUAAGAUCUCGCUACAGGUCUUCACCGUCAUCCUACAGCUUUCUAACAGACACCGAAGACUACAUAACGGAACCCAAAGUACUGGAUGCUUUUCUACGCAGUGAAGAGCAAAAGCAGCAACGUUCCCAACUAGGAAGCCCGGAAUCGAAUAGUCCUUCGAACAGCCCAACUUUUUGGAAUUAUAGCCGCUCUAUGGGUGAUUAUGUGCACACACUGAGGAAGUAUCAGUACCAGUUGGCAUGCCGAUCUCAAGCUCCUUCUGCAAAUAAGGAUGAAGCAGAUCUUGGUUCCAAGCAGGCAGCAGAAGAGAUCUGGGCAAGAGUUACAAUGAAUCGCCAGCUGCUGGAACAUAUGGAUUCAUGGACAGAGAAAUUCCGUAACUGGACUAGUGAAACUAUUCUGGUACCUUUGGUCCGUGAGAUGGAGUUGGUCAACCUGCAGAUGAGAAGACUUGGGUGUCCUGAAUUACAAAUAGGAGAAUCCAGCAUUACCAGUUUAAAACAAGCAGCUCUGAUAAAAGCCUCUCUUAUCCCAACGCUAAAUUCCAUUGUGCAGUAUUUGGACAUCACCCAAAAUCAGGAAUAUCUCUUUGAUCGAAUUAAAGACCUUUCUCAAGGAGGGUGCAUGAGCUCAUUCCGAUGGAAUGGUGGAGGAGAGCUUAAAGGUCGCAAAUGGGAUACUGACCUUCCCACGGACUCGGCAAUACUCAUUCAUGUCUUCUGCACAUAUUUUGACUCUCGCCUACCUGCCCAUCCAAAGUAUCCAAAUGGAAAAACGUUUACCUCACAGCACUUUGUGCAGACGCCUGAUAAACCAGAUACCUCAAAUGAAAACGUGUUUUGCAUCCAUCAAAGCAGCAUCAAUCCUCCUCAUUUUGAGUUGGUCUACCAGAAGCACAUUUAUAACCUGCCAAAGGGAAGGAACAAUUUAUAUCAUACGUUACUAAUGUUCCUGUAUAUAAUAAAGACCAAAGAAUCAGGGAUGCUUGGGAGAGUCAACCUUGGUUUAUCUGGAGUGAAUAUAUUGUGGAUUUUUGGCAACCACUAAUGAUGCUGUUUUAUUUAUGAUGCUUAUUUAAAGGAAUCCUCAUGUUCAGAAUCCUCUACAGGAUUACAACAGAGACCUUCAUGUUCAUUCACUGACGACUUCAAAAGGAUAAAAGGGUUAUAACAAAUGACUGGUGAUAUAUAGGAAUAUGGCAGUUUUCUCUACGGUCUGUUGUUGGUGAGGCCUAGUAGUUCAUAGUGCCAAAGCUUUCAUUUGAUUAAGCUGUGAGCACUUGGCUUGGUGGACAUGCUUUCUCUGAGGAGUUGUGUUCACUAGGUAAACUUCAUGUUUGUGCCUUGGCAAGUCAUUUCUAAAAUUAUAUAUUCACAAACUAAAAUCUUCUGGCUCCAGUUUGCAGUCUGUCCUGGGAAUAUCCUUUUCAUGUAUUGAAUAUUAGAGCAGAUAUAUUGGAAAAAACUAUAAAAUUGCAAAAUGUAUUUCUGUAAUGUAAAACCCUUAUUUAAGGUCAUGAAAUAAGUAUGGUGUACAUCAUGUAUACCAUAUAUGUUCCACAAAUUAUGUAUUCUUUACACUGCAAGGUGGUCAGUGUUUUUUCACAUGCUCAUGCUUCUUUGGGACUAUAGUGUAAUGGAUAAUAUGCAUAUUCUUUCAUGUACUGAUAACCUAUUGAAAAGCAUCAAACUGACAUAGACCCAGUUCUAACAGAUUUGAUGGGCAUAUAAAUCAUCCAAAACUGGAGGGUCACGUGAUAAUGGGUAGCCAAAAAAAAUCCUAAUAGCUGCUGGCUUUCACUUUACAGCCAAUGGAUUCCCCUGUGCAAUGAGUAUCUGCUUCUCACAAUGUUUUCCAGAAAGUGAAAAAAACAUUGAGGUGAGCAGGUGCUGGCUGCACAGGGAAAUCCAUCGGCUAUUAAGAAUUUUUUUAUUGGCCCCGCCCCCAAUUAUGUGACCAUCCUUUGUGUAUUUUGAGAUUUCCUUUUUUAAGUUUUAACUUGUGGAUCGUUUUUUAUCUUUAUGUAAUCGGUUAGAGCUGGGUCUGCAUGAUUUUGGGACUUUACAAUAUGUUAUCGUCGCAUGAUUAUAAUGAAUGAUGCAUAUCCGUAUCAUCACAUGUUUUUAUAAUGAAUGCAUAUCCUCUAGUUUGCUGCCAUUGCCAUGGAGCAACACUCUUUGGCCAUCUUGCAGUGUGAAUAAAGAAGGUGAUUUGUGGAACAAACAUGUGAUGUAAACUAUGCUCAUUUUAUGACUGGGGUGGUGUUCUUUAAACCUGUGAAGUGUUUUUACAUUCUGUGAAUGACUUUAGCUGUUUUUGUAACUUUGUUUAGUUAAAGUAUACCUAAAGGCAAAACCUUUUUUUUUUUCCUUCUAUCGCUUUGGAUAGAGUGGAGUGCAAUUAGAUUGCUUAUAAAUGUUUGUGCCUUUAAGGAGAUUCACUCUCAAUAUUUGUCCUGCUUACCAUUAUUAAAAAUAAAAGUAAAGAGAAUGCCAAGUUUUGGGUUGUCCCCAGAAAAGUUAUUGAGGGGGAAUCUUCCCAUGGAGACACUAGUUCUGGUGACCUGGGGGUCCCCAAGGAAUUCCUGUUUGGCUAUGGGACAGGAAGUGACACAGAUGGUGCAAAAAACAAAGAAUCUGACAGAGGUUAACCCUCCCUUGCUCUAUCCAGAAUGUGGAGGGGGGGGGUAAAGGUUUUCCUAGUUCUAUUUUAAUACACUGUAUCCCAAUGUGCUGUAAUUUAAAGUCUGUUUAACUCUCAGAGUAUUUUGUAUUGAAACAAUGACAGCUAUGAUAUAGCCACCAAUGCCCUAUUUUAAUCUAUUAAUCUUAAUUGCGAUGCAUGGAAAAAGUCAAGUUUACCCAGAGUUUAAAAAAGUAUAUUUCAAGCCAAAACCUUAAGGAUUAGAACCUCUGUCAGGGUUUUUUAUUGCUAUCCGGGCAUUCACUGGAGAGAUUUUCCUUCCCUUUCACAGUGACAGCAGUUACAGAAAAUAAGAAUCUGCAACAGGGACCUGCAGCAAAUAAUUGACAGAAGUGCAAGCCUUUCCAUACUCUGCUGGGAAAAUAAAAUGUUGCCUCUAAUUCUCUAAUUGUUGUCUGGUUAAAUUGUCUCCCGGAUAGUAGUUCUAGUAUCAAAGUUCUGGAUAGAAGUAAAACCUGAUGAGUUUCUAAUCUUUUAUUUUUUUUUUUUUUUACUACAAAAUCUCAAAAAAAAAAAUUGGUCGAACAUCUACUUUAAUAACUUCUAAACUAGCACUUCAGUUGGAUGACUUCAUAUCUGCCUUUUUAUUUUUUAUAUAUAUCUAGCAAAGGAAAUUCGUUUUGUAAUGAGGGUUUUUUGUACUGCAACAAUACUUGUCAUCUGAGUUUUCUAGGAAAUAAAACUUGCAGGUUUUUUUUUUUUGCACAACUGCAUUUGAAGAAUGGUGGUCGUGCAAGUAAGAUUUUUCUGUAUGUUUACCAUUAAUCUUAUGCUUGCAUUGUUCAGUACCUAUGCCAGAAUGUGUUUUGGUUUAUGAAUGAAAGGAUUGUUGUAUUAUGGUAUAUUUUGAUUGCAUAUGUGCUUUUCAGUCUGAAAAGGUUUGUGUGACUCAGAUUUGGAUAUAUACUGUAAUAUAUUUUGGAAGCUGAAUUUUCUCUUUUUAUAGUGACCUUUAUUAGACGCAUUCUCUGAUUUAUGAGAAUAAACUUUUUGUGAGAACUGUGCCUGUCUCUAAUAAACUGGGACUACUUUGCUUA